GCUUUUAGCUUCACACUGCUUACAGAACAUUUAGCUGGCGGAGUCAUAUGACUUAGGACCCGGAGUUCCUGCUACACGGUCACAUGACUGAAGAAGAGUUUAGGGAGGAUUUGUCAGAAGGAUCUGAGUUAACGUGAGACACUUUGGAGACCAGCUGAAAUGAGUUUUCUUGGGGGUUUAUUUGGUCCUGUCUGUGAAAUUGAUGUCAUUCUCAAUGAUGCGGAGACCAGAAAGACUGCAGAGCUCAAGACAGAAGAUGGGAAAGUGGAAAAGAACUUCCUGUUCUAUGAUGGAGAAACCGUUUCAGGGAAGGUUAAUCUCACUGUCAAGCAGACGGGUAAGAGGCUUGAGCACCAGGGGAUCCGGAUUGAAUUUGUGGGUCAAAUUGAACUGUUCAAUGACAAGAGCAACACACACGAGUUUGUGAACCUGGUGAAGGAGCUGGCCCUCCCAGGGGAGCUCACGCAGAGCCGCAGCUAUGACUUUGAGUUCAUGCAAGUAGAGAAGCCCUAUGAAUCCUACGUUGGAGCCAAUGUCCGGUUGAGGUAUUUCCUGAAAGUAACAAUAGUGAGAAGGCUCUCAGACCUAGUGAAAGAAUAUGACCUCAUUGUUCAUCAGUUGGCUACGUACCCUGAUGUGAACAACUCCAUCAAGAUGGAAGUGGGCAUUGAGGACUGCCUGCAUAUAGAGUUCGAGUACAACAAGUCCAAAUACCACUUGAAAGAUGUAAUUGUGGGCAAAAUAUACUUCCUGUUGGUAAGAAUUAAAAUCCAACAUAUGGAGCUACAGUUGAUCAAGAAAGAGAUGACUGGAAUAGGACCUAGUACAACAACUGAAACUGAGACGAUUGCAAAAUAUGAGAUCAUGGAUGGAGCUCCAGUAAAAGGGGAGUCCAUUCCUAUUCGAUUGUUCCUGGCUGGGUAUGACCUCACUGCAACCAUGAGAGACGUCAACAAGAAAUUUUCAGUUCGGUACUUCCUCAACCUGGUGUUAGUGGACGAGGAAGACCGGAGAUACUUCAAACAGCAGGAGGUUGUCUUGUGGAGAAAGGCCCCAGAGAAACUGAGAAAACGUAACUUUCACCACCAGCGAUAUGAGUCUCCUGAGCCCCGUGCAUCGCUCCCAGCUGAACAGCCAGAAAUGUGAAGAACCCAGGUGGAGGAAGGGAGCUGUCUGUGGGGUGGGGUCUGUUCAGAGCAGCAAGUUGGAGGGGUGGGGGGAGAGGAUGGCAGGGAAGGGCAAGGCAACCAAAUAAAUUAAAACAAAAAGAGAGGACAAAAAAGACACAUCCCACAGUCUCACCGUCUUCCUUCCAUCCAUUUUUGCUGCGCCUGCUCCUCCCUUCAACUCUGAGCAUUUUCUAGCCUCUGUGGACCUGGUGUAAAAUAUGAAAAACAAACAAUACAAACACUGGAGCAUUCACCAGUUUCCCUUUAUUUUCUACCGCACAUUUUGCCCCUCUAUUUUCCUGUUAAAAAUAAAUGCACUUGGUUAUGCAAGAAGCUUAAAACAGGAGGAAAGAAAAUAUAUAAUUUGUUUAUACACAUUUCAAAGUAUGUUUGAUUGCAUGCAGGUGGGUUACUUUAUAUGACUAUCAGGAGAUAUCAGAAUAUGUUAGAUACAGGCAUUUUGGGCCUGGCAAUAGAAUCACUGUGGGACAGGAGAAAUACUGUAUGUGUUCCCUGGGUGCCAUACAUAAUAAUCAUAAUCCAAUGAUUUAAAAUUUAUAUCAUCUCCUAACCUGUGUAACUUUUGAAGUUUGUUUUUCUUUAAUUUAAUUGAUACUGUAUUGUAUGAUGCAUAUUUACAUUUUAAAUUUUCUCAGAAUAGAAAGUAUUCUAUAUUCAACGUUGAGCUGUUACAAGAAGCAUUCAAAAUAAUAAUAAUAAUCAGUAAAACAUGAAAUUGAAAAAACCCUUGAGAAAUAUCAGAAAUUAAUGAAGCAUUUCUGUCAAACUUAAAGUUAACCCCUGAUCUCAAAUUGAUUUUAAUGAAGGUGAAAAUGAAGCCAGCAACUUGUAUGUUGCUAUGCUAACCACAGAUGUUGUUUUGUUCAUUUUUGACUGUCAAGCAAGAUGAGCAUUUGAACUGCACACUUGCUAAGAAUGCACCAGAGCUUAGGAAAGGCUGCACUGCAUUCACUCCUUAGUUUAGUAUACUACUGUCUUUUAAUUGCUCAUGACCAUAUUUGGGAAAUCUCCAUUCCUUUUUGUAUGUAAGUGCCUGUAAGGAGUUGAUUAAAUAAAAUAUGCCAAAUAUU